AUGGCUUCGUAAAAUAUGUGCAACCUCGUAAAGCGAAUUUAUAAGAGUAAUAAAAACGUAAAUAAAAUUGUAUGCCGAAUGCAUGAACUAAAACUGUUUCUUGCAACUAGUAAAACUUCAUAUCUACUAUCGGCGAGAAAAAUCGAGUCCUCUGGCUUUGACGUUGAAAAAGUUUCAGCUGACCAAUCGACUCGCCAGUCGAAAACCAUAAUUAAUGUGGAACUUUAUUACGAGGCGUUAUGUCCAUACAGUAAAGAAUUUGUAAAGAUGCAAAUCAUUCCAACCUAUCGAGAUCUUAAAGAUCAUAUCUCGAUCUCCUUCAUUCCUUAUGGAUUAGCCACGCAUCGGAGAGCAAUUGAUGGUUCCUGGAAAUUUGAUAGCCAACAUGGACAACGUGAGUCCGAUGGAAACAUGGCUCAGGCAUGUGGCAUUCACGAGAUCGAAACUUCAGUAGAACCUGAGAAGCAACAACAACAAUUAGUUGAUUUUGUAGGGUGCGUUAUGUCUGAUGAUGAUCCUCCGUCCGCUGCUAAUGACUGUGCCCAAAAAAUUGGUCUCACCGAAGAAUCAAAAAAUCGUAUUAAAGAGUGUCAAAAAACUCCAAUCGGAUGUGACCUGUUGGCAUCUUACGGUGAUAAAACCAGAGCGCUCAAGCCAAAACUAUUACAUGUUCCAACUGUUGUUAUUAAUGGGGUAUAUUCUAAAGAGAAUAAUCAUGCUUCGUUGAUUUGUUUUCACAAAUUUAUUUGCGACAUUAUACCAGUCGAAGAUACGCCCGCCAUUUGCAAAUUAUCAUGGUCAACUUACCGAGGAUAAUAAUAAGAUACGACUGAAAAGGUUUCAAGUGAUUUACAAAAUUUCAAGUGAUUUUAAAAAGUUCAAGAGAUUUCUAGAUGCCAAUUGCAAUUUUCUCGAUAAGAGACGUGAAGAAAUUGCAAAUUCAUUUUUAAAUUCUCCAGAUUUCAGUUGUAAUAUUAUGAGCCUUCUGACCGCCAAUUUUUCGAAUUGAUUCGUCUUCAAAAAAAUAAAAAUAAAGCAAUACUGAAAAAUUA